UCCAAAGUUUAAUCCAAACGAAGCGUUUGUUUACGUUGUUUGCACGCCAAUUUUCUUGCCGCUACUCGUAUUACGCCGCUUGUUUUGACUAAGGUAAUUGCGGAGCUCAACAAUGAGUCGACGCCAGACGCCCAGCGAAUUUUUGAAGCAAAUUAUCGGACGUCCUGUUGUCGUCAAGUUAAACUCCGGUUUGGACUACCGAGGUGUUCUCGCGUGUCUUGACGGCUACAUGAACAUUGCUCUUGAGCAGACCGAAGAGUACGUCAAUGGUCAGCUGAAAAACAAGUACGGCGACGCAUUCAUACGAGGGAAUAACGUUUUGUACAUCAGCACACAGAAGAGGAGGAUAUAAAGAUGAAGAGCGUGGUCAAUGAAGACCGCAUUUGUUGAUGUAUGUCAUGUGAAAAUAUA